AUGGAGGAUUCUGUACAAGUUGCAUGUGUAAUACCAAAUGCUGCAGAUACUGCAUUUCAGAUUUACUCCUUGAAGCGAUCGGCAUAUGCUGCUGUGCUGAGAGCAUUCUGUGCUCACUCAGACAUUCUCUCAAGGGACAAAGUAAGAUGUCUCACUGAACUGAGAAAUGAGCUUAAAAUAUUGCAGACUGAACAUGCAGAAUGUCUUGUGAAAGCCAGAUCAAAUAAGCAAAUCAAGUCUUUCAGUGCCGGCUUGCACUCCAAAGGAAACACUUGCAGUACUGAAGUUAUAAAGGAUUAUCUAGAUCUUGCAUGCGUCCUACCAGAUGCUGGAGAUACUGUGUUUCAGAUUCACUGCUUGGAGCGAUCAGCAUAUGCAUCAGUGUUAAGAGCUUUCUGUGCUGUGACAAACCACCUCUCAUUGUUACAGGUCAAGCUUCUAUCUCAACUAAAAAAUGAACUUAGAAUAUCGCAUAGUGAGCAUAAAGAAGUUAUUAUGAAGGUCAGUUUAAAUGAGCAUAUCAAGUCUUUGAGGAAAUUUAGUUUGGCAAAUCUGUCUGUUGUUACAAAGACCAAUCCAGCUUUUGAUGUGCAUGCUGUGCUUCAUGACAAGAUUGGCUCAACUGGUCAGGUUUGCACUUCAUCCACAAGCUGCCUCAGUUUGAUACAGCAAUCACCAGUAUCAGAGAAUUCAAUGUCCUCCACAAGAGACAUUGGGAUAUCAAAUAGCUCAAAUGGAGCCAAAGAAGGACCUUAUUUCGAAUCCCGCACAGUGGUGCCUGCUAAAAGGUUGAAAACUGUAAAUGGGCAUGCACCAGCAUACUUAAAAUGUGGCCCUUCCAAUCAGUUACCAGUGGCAGUUUCUGAUGUGAUGGCGGAAAAGCACAGCCAAUUGAAUACUGGCCAAAGUCCUUUAAGUGUUGACCAUGCUAGGCAAGAAUCAGGGAAAAGGAAAACUGUAGUGCCUGAGAUGAGUGUUGAAAGAAUAUUUAAAGAAAAUCCAGAUUCAGCUAAUUUAGAGAAAGCAAAAUUGACACUCAAAGCCCAAGAAAAGGACCUCUUGGAUGCACUUGCUAAGCUUUCUGAAGUAUCAUAUGAUGGUACGUCACUUUGUAGAAUCUUUUAG